GGAAAAGCUGCCUUCCUGGGGACGGCCGGAGCCCGGCGACGAGGACGGGACAUGGAGUAUGAAGCCAAGAAGGGGAAGAAGGAGUUUGUGUCCCCCAUCAAGAGGCUGGUUUUCCCAAAAGCAGCCCGAAAGCAGGCCCUUCGGACGAGUAUCUGCCGGCGUCCUUUGCACUCGGUGCCUCUCUACCCUCCGGACUUCCUCAUCGAUCCCCAGAUCCUCCUGCAUGACUAUGUGGAAAAGGAAGUGAAGUUUUUAGGCCACUUGACCUGGGUCAACACCUCCUUGAAUCCCUCCAGCCGAGAUGAACUGUUGCAGCUCCUGGACACUGCAAGGCAACUGAAGGAGCUUCCCCUGAAGACCACUCCAGAGCAGGACAGCAUCCUGAGCCUUUCGGCCCGCUGCCUCCUCCUGACCUGGAGGGACAACGAGGAGCUCAUCCUGCGCAUCCCGACUCAUGAGAUCGCAGCCGCCUCUUACCUGCGGGACGAUGCACUGCACCUCCUGGUCCUCAAAACUGGCUUGGGGGUGGACCCCGUCCCUUCCGGGAGCAACUCGGACAUCUACCCGGCCAGCAAGCAGGAGAAGAAGUUCCUGGAGAAGCGCCCCAUGGAGCCCCGUCCGCUGGGAGGCACCAUGGAGCGCCGGCACACCAUCUGCAGCCUGGACUGGAAGAUGGCCCGCAAUGGGCCGGAGGGCCGGGCCGGAGGAGGGGGCAGCCUGGAGAGGAAGCAGGGCACCGGUAGCUGGGAGACGAGGCAGAGGGCCACCGGAGGAGGUGGUGGUGGUGGAGCUCGCCCUUUCGGCAGCUGGGAGCGUCGCCAGACCUACAGCGGGAGCUGGGAGCGCCGGCCUGGGGUCAAAGGCGGGGGCAGCUGGGAGCGGCAGGCCUACAGUGGGAGCUGGGAGAGAGGCAAGACCUGUGGCAGCUGGGAGCGCAGGAACACGGGCGGAAACCCCCUUGACCCCAAGGAGCCCAGCCCUGAAGCCUACUGCAACCUGGUCAUCCUGGCUGUGGCCAACCGAGACACGGCCGAGGAAUCCUGCGCUCUUAUCUGCCAAGUUUUCCAAAUAAUUUAUGGCGACCAAACCAUUGAGUGUGUGGAUCGGGCCGGAUACCAUUACGCAUCCACACCCAAGCGUCCUUGGCUAUCUAGCCGGAGUGAAAGCUGUCGGACUGAUGGGACAUAUGGAUAUGACGCCGACUUCAGCUGUUGCAGCUCUUUCGAUGGCUCCCACGAAACCUUUGAGGCCUAUGGUGGUGGCAGUGGCGGCUCCUCGCCCUCCUUCCACCGGUCCCACCACAGCCUGGCCACUGCAUGCAGUGGGAGUGACCAGAGCAGUGCUGGCCUGGAGCAACUGCAGGACUACAUGGUCACGCUGAGGAACAAGCUGACCCCACAGGAGAUCCAACAGUUUGCACUCUUGCUCCGGGAAUACCGGAUGGGGCUGGCGGUUGAGAGUUACUGUGCGGGCCUGCUCCGACUCUAUGGGGAGAAGCGGAAGUUUCUGCUCUUGGGAAUGCGGCCAUUCAUUCCUGACCAGGACAUCGGCUACUUUGAGGGCUUCCUGGAGAACAUAGGCAUCCGUGAAGGGGGCAUCAUGACCGACAGCUUUGGGCGCAUCAAGCGGAGCAUGAGCAACACCUCAGCCUCAGCCGUGCGCAGCUAUGACAGCUGGUCCAUGCACUCUGAGUCGGAAGCCUUCAACCGCAUGAUCACGGACAUCACCCAUGACAUUGAAGCCCUGGCACAUGAUGGGGAGGAGGAGGAGGAAGGAGGAGGAGGAGGAGGAAUGGACAACGAGGAGGACAAUGAGGACAACUACCUGUGAGAAAGAGACUAAAGAGAGGAGGAAGACGCAUAGAGUUGUGGAUGUGGUAUAUCUUGAUUUUAGUAAAGCUUUUUGACACAGU